AGGGACCUCACGUCGCUCACCUUCCCUCCACAGAUAUCAUGCCACACCAUGAGCCCGGCUGGCUCCAUAUAUCACCCACCGCCAGCGCGCGCCAAGAGAGAGCAGGCUACCCUAUAUAUGUGUGCAGAGAGAAACGAGCAACAGCAGGUGGUAACAAGUCCGAAUAAGAUUCAUGGGGGGAGCAGCGGCGAGGAGUGAGGAGACGGAGACGGAGACGGAGGGGAGGAGCAACGAUGGGGUGGCGGCGACGAAGGUGCCGUUCCUGGGCAUGUUCAGGUACGCCGCCGACCGCACCGACGCCGCGCUGAUGGUGGUCGGAACGGCGGCGGCGAUGGCGAACGGCAUGUCGGAGCCGCUCAUGACGGUCGUCUUCGCGGCGGUCAUCGAGUGCUUCGGCGCCGGCGAGGACAGCACGGUCCUCCACCGUGUCAGCAAGGUUGUUAUGUACUACAUCUAUCUGGGAAUCGGAACAGCAGUUGCUUCCUUUCUCCAGGUGUCAUGUUGGACAGUGGCUGGAGAAAGGCAGUCGACACGCCUGCGAUCUUUAUACCUUGAAGCUGUUCUCAGACAAGACAUUGAAUUCUUUGACGUGGAGAUGACAACUGGGGAAGCAGCUUCUAGAAUGUCCGCAGAUACUGUACUGAUCCAAGACGCCCUCGGUGAGAAGGUAGGGAAGUACAUACAGCUUUUGACAACCUUCGUUGGUGGCUUUAUCAUUGGAUUCGUAAGAGGCUGGAUGCUGGCUCUCGUUGUGCUUGCAUGCAUGCCUCCAAGCAUUCUAUCCUUUGCAACUGUCUCACGAUUGCGAGCUCAAAUAUCUGGCAAGAGGCAAGCAUCAUAUAGCGAUGCAGGGAAUGUUGUCGAGCAAAGCAUUGGAGCAAUAAGAACAGUUGUUUCUUUCAAUGGCGAGAAGAAAGCAAUCGCAAUGUACAAUACUCUCAUAAAAAGGGCGUACAAGGCUACUUUCAUGGAAGGGAUCAUCACUGGUCUUGGAAUAGGCUGUAUAUUUUUUGUUGUAUUCUGCAGUUACUCUCUAGCCUUUUGGUAUGGCGCCAAGUUAAUCAUCAGCAAAGGAUAUACUGGAGGGCAGGUCAUCAAUGUCGUAUUUGCAAUUUUAACUGGUUCAAUGGCCAUAGGUAAUGCAUCACCAUCUAUUUCUGCAAUUGCAGAAGGGCAAUCUGCAGCACAGAGGUUGUUCGAAAUUAUCAACAGAAAACCAAAGAUUGGCAUCACCGACACUUCCGGAAUCGUAUUAGAAGAUAUCAGGGGAGAUGUCGAACUCAAGGAUGUGUUCUUUAGGUAUCCUGCAAGGCCUGAACAGUUGAUACUUGAUGGCUUGUGUCUACAAGUACCUAGUGGUACUACAAUGGCUAUAGUUGGGGAGAGUGGAAGCGGAAAAUCAACAGUAAUUAGUCUGGUGGAGAGAUUUUACGACCCACAAGCUGGUGAAGUGUUGGUAGACGGAGUCAACAUCAAGAGUUUGAAACUACACUGGAUUAGAGGAAAGAUCAGCCUUGUCAGCCAAGAACCGUUGCUUUUUAUGACCUCCAUCAAAGAUAACAUAGCCUAUGGUAAAGAGGAUGCUACACUUGAAGAGAUCAAGAGAGCAGCUGAGCUUGCAAAUGCAGCAAACUUCAUUGAAAAUCUGCCAAAUGCAUAUGAGACAAUGGUUGGUCAACGUGGUGCUCAACUUUCUGGGGGCCAGAAGCAAAGGAUUGCCAUAGCAAGAGCAAUCCUUAAAAAUCCAAAAAUCCUUCUGUUGGAUGAAGCUACAAGUGCUUUGGAUGUAGAGUCUGAGCGGUUAGUGCAAGAAGCAUUAAAUAGGAUCAUGGUAGGGAGAACUACACUCGUUGUUGCUCACCGCCUGAGUACCAUCAGGAAUGCAGACUGCAUAACAGUUGUUCAUCAAGGGAAAGUAGUUGAACAAGGUGCACAUGACGAGUUGAUUAAGGAUCCUGAUGGAGCUUAUUCUCAGCUUAUUCGGCUACAACAGGCACAUACCGAGGAAAUGCAUGAGGCUCCAAAUACUGUGGUGUCAGGUUCAAUAUAUAAAAGUACAAGUUUGUCUUUGGAACAAUCAAUAGCCAGAGAUUCUCCCAGGAACAGAGGACAACAUUCCUUCGCAAAAUCCAUCGGGUUGUCUGGAUCUGAUGAAUUGCACAGGCAUGUUAUUACAGACAAAAAGGAACAUGAAGAAUCUGGUGAUAGUAAGGCUCCUAAGAAAGCACCAAUCGGACGACUAUUUAAACUUAAUAAGCCGGAAGCACCAAUCCUCCUAUUAGCUGUUAUAGCUGCCUUUGUGCAUGGUCUUCUUUUCCCAUCAUUCAGUAUAAUGAUGUCUGGUGGUAUAAGAACUUUCUACUAUCCACCACACCAACUUCGAAAAGAUUCUAGAUUUUGGGCAUUGAUGUGCCUUCUGUUUGCAGUAAUUGCUCUGGUUUCAGUCCAAUUAGAAUAUUUUUUAUUUGGGGUGGCUGGUGGGAAACUUAUAGAACGUGUCCGUUCUUUGACUUUCCAAAGCUUAGUGCAUCAAGAAGUUGCUUGGUUUGAUGACCCUUCAAAUUCCAGGUUUGCUACUCGAACUAUUUUGCAAAUUUAUUUAUUUAUUCCUACAACUGUCUGGACACCAAGUUUCCUUUUUCAUUUUUACAGUGGGGCACUUAGCGCAAGGCUCUAUAUUGAUGCUUUGAACAUCCGACGCCUCGUUGGAGAUAAUUUGUCCAUCCUGGUGCAGUGUAUAGUAACACUUAUCGCUGGCUUUUCCAUAGCAUUUGCUUCUGACUGGAAGCUCACGCUGAUCGUCAUAUGUGUGAUUCCUUUAAUGGGUUCGCAAAAUUAUAUUCAAGUGAAGUUCUUGAAAGGGUUCAGUGAAGAUGCUAAGGUGAUGUAUGAAGAUGCAAGUCAAGUUGUAACUGAAGCAAUUGGUAGUAUUCGGACAGUAGCAUCUUUCUGUGCGGAGAAGAGAGUAAUUACAUCAUACAGCCAAAAAUGCCAAGCUUCAAUGAAACAGGGCAUUAGAAGCGGAAUGGUUGGAGGCCUUGGUUUCAGUUUCUCGUCCUUAAUGUUGUAUCUCACGUAUGCUCUUUGUUUCUAUGUUGGUGCGCAGUUUGUAUCUGAAGGCAAAUCCACCUUUAACGACGUUUUUAGAGUUUUCUUUGCUUUGGUUUUCACAGCGUUUGGAGUUUCCCAAACAAGUGCAAUGGCAUCAGAUUCAACAAAAGCUCAGGAAUCCACAGCUUCCAUACUAGCUAUCAUAGACAGGAAGUCUAAAAUUGACUCAACUAGUGAUGAAGGCAUGAUGCUAGAAAAGGUUGAUGGCAUUAUAGAUUUUAAAAAUGUAAGCUUCAAAUACCCAUCCCGCCCAGAUGUCCAAGUGCUCCGUGACUUUACUUUGGACAUUCCAGCCAGAAAGACUGUUGCACUUGUUGGAGAGAGUGGUAGUGGCAAGUCCACAAUAAUUUCUUUGCUCGAGCGAUUCUAUGAUCCGGAUUCUGGCACAAUCUCACUAGAUGGAGCAGAACUCAAAAAACUAAAACUGAGUUGGUUAAGAGACCAAAUGGGCUUGGUAAGCCAGGAACCUGUACUCUUUAAUGACACAAUUCAUGCCAACAUAGCAUACGGAAAACAAGGAGAAGUGAGUGAGGAUGAGAUUAUCGCUGCUGCCAAGGCAGCCAACUGUCAUGAGUUCAUAUCUAGCUUACCUCAGGGAUAUAGCACUACCGUAGGUGAGAGAGGAACACAGCUAUCUGGUGGGCAAAAACAACGGGUAGCUAUUGCAAGGGCCAUCCUGAAGGACCCAAAAAUACUUCUACUUGACGAGGCAACAAGUGCCCUGGAUGCUGAAUCAGAGCGUAUUGUUCAAGAUGCGUUGGAUCAAGUGAUGGUCAGCAGGACCACGAUUGUCGUGGCUCACCGACUGUCCACAAUCAAAGGGGUGGAUAUGAUUGCAGUUGUCAAAGAUGGUAAAGUCGUUGAGAAGGGAAAGCACGAAUCCCUCAUGGGCAUCAAGGGUGGUGUUUAUGCAUCGCUGGUUCAACUACACUUGAAGUCAGCAUAAAGACAUGUGCAGACUUUGAUUAUUUAUUUGAGCAAGCGGCGUUUGGAGUACUAGCUAGUCAUGUGAUGUAAACAAAUGCAUGGAAGACUUAUCAUUCAUACUCCUGGUUUUGCUAUAGGUCAGUCCAAAACUCCAGGGCAAUAAAGAUAACAUCGCCUCAUCAUGUAUUUCAGAUGUUAGUGUACUGGAUAUCUAUACAUUAAUGGUAGAAAAGAAGAAGAAAAAUCGCCCUAAUCACUAAGGGCUUAUUUGGAUA